GCAAAAUUUCCAACUGAAUCUAUUCUUGACCGCGAUCUUUCAAACGCCAUACAAAAAUUCAAAAUCCAUACUGAUGAAAAGCUGGAUGCAUCUCGUCUGCUAAUAACACUCCUUGAACACAAAUCAUACGAUCAUCAAUGGGCCAUUGAGUUCGAGCUGGACAAUGAAAACUGA